AUGACUGGGUGGAGAUGCCUUGUGACAGGAGCAGGAGGAUUUCUGGGUCAGAGGAUCAUCAGCUUGUUGGCAGAACAGAAAGAGCUGCAGGAAAUCCGAGCCCUGGACAAGGUCUUCAGACCAGAACUGCAGGAGGAAUUUUCUAAGCUCAAGUGCAAGAUUACACUGACGAUGCUGGAAGGAGACAUCCUGGAUGAACAGUGCCUGAAGAGAGCUUGCCAGGGCAUCUCUGUUGUCAUCCACUGUGCCUCGAUCAUUGAUGUAGUUGGGGCCAUUCAGAGAGAGGUCAUCAUGAAUGUCAACCUGAAAGGUACCCAGCUCUUGUUGGAGGCCUGUGUCCAGGCUAAUGUGCAAGUCUUCAUCUAUACUAGCUCCUUAGAGGUGGCUGGACCCAACUCCUACAGUGAGAUUAUCCAGAACGGCCAUGAAGAAGAGCAUCACGAAUCUAAAUGGUUCACUGCCUACCCAUACAGCAAAAAACUUGCUGAGAGGGUUGUACUUGCAGCUGAUGGUUGGACUCUCAAAAAUGGUGGCACCCUGUACACGUGUGCAUUAAGGCCCAUGUAUAUCUAUGGGGAAGGGAACCAAUUCCACUAUACACAAAUAAACCAGGCCCUACAGAACAAUGGCAUCCUGCCGGAUUUUGCCAAAUACUCCCUGGUCAAUCCGGUUUAUGUUGGCAACGUGGCCUGGGCUCACAUUCUGGCCAUUAAAGCCCUGCAAGAUCCCAAGAAAGUCCAAAACAUCCGAGGACAGUUCUACUACAUUUCGGAUGACACACCUCACAGAAGCUAUAGUAACUUCAUUUACAUCCUGUGCAAAGAAUGGGGUCUCCGCUUUGAUUCCAGAAUGACCAUUCCUGUAUUUCUGCAGUACUGGAUUGCCUUCCUGCUGGAAAUAGUGAGCUGUCUGCUGAGUCCAAUUUACAACUAUCAACCCCCACUCACCCGUCACCUGGUGACAUUGUCAAAUAGUGUGUUCACCUUCUCCUACAAGAAAGCCCAGCGAGAUCUGGGGUAUAAGCCACUCUUCAGCUGGGAGGAAGCCAAGGAGAAAACCACCCAGUGGGUUGGCUCCCUGGUAAGACAGCACAAGGAGGCUCUGAAGACAAAGACUCACUGA